AUGCUUCGAAUGAGGGGGAAGGGAGUAGACUUCCUUGUACGGCUGGACGACUCGGAGGAUCCUAGAAAGGUUUACGGGGACCCGCUCCCUAUAGGGCUGGCGUGGGUGGACAAUGAGAGGAGAGAGAGAGAGCGAGAAGGGGAGGACACUGUGAGUAGGAGCAGCUUGCAAGCCAAGGAGGAGGAGGAGGAGGAGAAGGAGGAGGAGGAGGAGAAGGAGAAGGAGAAGGAGAAGGAGAAGGAGAAGGAGCAGGAGAAGGAGACUGUGGAAGUUGACAGCUUCGAGAGGACAACGAGCUCGCUGUUGGAGAGGGUCAGUGCGCUCAUGCAGGAAGGCGAGGUCGACGAGGCUGUCAAGGUCAUGCAGGAGCUGAUCACUCAGGUGGGCCCUCAGCCCAGCGUCGUCCUGCGUCUCGUGCGCCUGCUGGUUCUCAAGGGAGACUUCUUUGCUGCCAACGAAGUGGUGUUCCAGGCGUGCAAGGUGAGGGCGGACGGGAGAGGAGGAGAGGAGGCAGCUAGUCUGCUGAAGCAACAAGGCUACCUCGGGGAGGCUGAGAGCUGUUAUAGGAGGGUUCUGGAGAUGAACAGCAAGAAUGCGGACGCUCUCUGUCAUCUCGGAACUCUGGUCGCCGCCAAGUCGCCUGAGGGUUACAACGAUGAAUCAGAGAUGCUGCUCUCCGCCGCUCUUUCCUUGAAGCCCGAUGACGUCAUCAUAUUGACCAACUACGCAAACAUCCUUCAGAACCGAAAGAGUUUCGAGCGGGCCGGGCAACUCUUCAAGAGGGCACUAGAGCUGCAGCCCCAACGAAGUCUCCUGCACAGCAAUUAUGCGGCGCUGCUGUGGGACAAAUACCAGGAGGAGAGGAGGGAGGGCAACCAAGACCAGUCAGACUACCAACGUGCGCUCCUCCUGCUCAAGGAGGCUGUUCGGCUAGAUCCCGAGCAUGCUCCAUCCUUGAACAACUACGCCAGGCUGCUCGCUCAGGAGGGCGAGACAGAUGCCAGAUUUGGCAGUGCUGCUGUGCCGAAUGAAACUGAAGAUGCCAACGAGAUCUUUGAAAAGGCUCAAGAAGUCGAUCCAAACAACGGAGAGAUGAAGGGCAUUCUAGAGGAGGCUCUGAGCAUGGACCCUCCUGUCAGCAACGAGCUCAGAGCAGAAGCGUUCAUCCUGCAUGGAAUGAUCUGCGAGGAGGAGGGAGGGAUGCAGCAGCUCAAGGCAGCGGUCAAGUACUACCAGCAAGCGCUCGAAGCCCUCCCGCACUCCCCUCCGUUCCAUGCUGUCUUCCGCCAUGCAGCACUGCUUGCUACACAGCAAUGGAUCUGCAUGGAGAACCUGGAGGAGGCCGAGGAGAGCUUCAAGAAAGCUCUUGAAAUCCAGCCAGACAGCAGGGAGUGCAUGGUCCAAUACGCUAUGCUGCUAGUGCUGGAAGUCGAUCCCAAGGACAAGACAGCGCUAGACGCAUGUGCGCAGAUCCUGGAGCAGCGGCAAGUUGGCUACUGUGAAGACGAGCAUGUAGCCAGAUCACUGCGGCAGGUUGCGGAGGAGGAGGAGCAGGAGGUGCAGGAGAAGGCCCUGCUUGAAGACGGUCGAGGGUCGGGAGGAGGGAGAGGGAACAGGAGGGGUUGGAGGAGAUCGCUCAAGUCUGUAGUUCACCGUUUGAGGGCAAUCGUUGCAAGAUUGUUUCCAUUCCGUAAACGAAGAUGA